GUACAUGUCAAAUUCUUUGUUCGAGUUAUUCUUACCUCACAAAAUGUGAUGAGAACUGUUGUAGAUUUGCUGGAUCGUAAUUUCUUUAGUUUCCCAUUUUUUGAGAAAAUCACCUAGCCAUUGUUUGGUUGCCUGAAAGCCUUGAACUCCCUAUCAACGGUAGAGGUCCAUAAUUCUGGGCACAAUCGCGAACUGUGUCCUGAUUCAUCUACAAGUGAUUUUUUAUGCAACUGACAAUGUUCUCCGUCCUGCUUUCCCGACUUGUCAUAUUGUGCCUGGGGAUUCUGUACCCGGCCUACGCAUCGUAUAAGGCCAUCCGGAACAAAUCGCCGAAAGACUAUGUCAAAUGGAUGAUGUACUGGGUGGUGUUCUCGCUGUUUCUGGCCUUCGAAACCUUCACGGAUAUUUUCCUGGCGUUCUGGUUUCCAUUCUACUAUGAAAUUAAGAUUCUCAUUGUGCUCUGGCUGAUGCUACCGGCCACUCGCGGAUCCAGCAUUCUCUACCGGAAGUUUGUCCACCCGAUGUUGACCCAGCAUGAGGAGGAACUGGACACGUACAUUGAACGCGCCAAAACGGACGGCUAUGCUGUGUUCCGUGAAUUGUCCGGCGUCGCUCUGCAGUAUCUGGCCACUUUUGUCGUUCGCGCCACUGCCAUGCUGCAGACCGUCGCACACCGCAGUACCUCGAAUCUCCGCCAGCCGCAGUCUGUCGCCUCCGUGAAGACCGAUGUGAGUGUGACGGAAACCAUCACCACCGAGGAAGUGACGACGGGGGUGCGCACACGCCGUGGUCAGCGCAAUGUAAACGUGGUCAACGUCGAUUGAGAGACACGGAGCAAAGGAAGACUGCAGAUAUUGUGCCUUGACAGUUUUGAUCUGGGGACGGUUGUAACGGAGUUGGUUUCAUCUGUUUUAACCUCUUCUUUUUGAUAUCGUUUCCGUUUGUGAUGGUAUUCCAGGAAUGUCUGUUGGGUGGUAUGUACAGAAGGCGGAUUUUGGUGUCGGGGUUGACUUGUUCUGGCAGGUUAUCGUUGUUACAGUGCCGAGCGACGGCGUUAUGAUUAAUCAGCGGUUCGUUUUUUGUUCCUAUUCCAGUGAUUAUUGUAAUUACCAAAGGGAUUUGUUCGCGUAAUCACUGUAUUUACCAGUUUUAUGCCAAUAAACUUCGUGCGUUCUGA